UGCUGGUCCCACAGUGUGGUACCUUGGGUCCCUGUACCGUCCUCACCAUAGCUCCCACUUCCUGCCAUGAUGCCACGUUGAGGUCUCCUCACACUCCUGGCGUUUUUCCUUUUUGUCAUAGGUUGCUGGCAGAUUAAAGGCCACCCAUAGAUGCCGCCAGGCCCCAAAUCGGCAUGGGCCCCCGUAACGCUGGUCACGCUGCUGCUGGUCGCCACAGUGUGACCGUGGGUCCUUGUACGGCCUCCCAUUGCUCCCACUUGCCAUGUGUCACUUUGAGGUCUCCUCACAACUCCUGCGGUUUUCCAUUUUGUCAUAGGUUGCUGGCAGAUUACAGGCCUCCCCAUAGGUGCCGCCAGGCCCCAAAUCGGCCCCAUAGGCCCCCGUGACCGGCC